AUGGCCUCGUCAAUGAUGGACCCGUCGAGAAUGAACUCAUCAAUUAUGAAUCCAAUACUCAUAGACCCAAGAAUCAUGAACCAGGUGCUCACGGCCACUUCAAAUAGCAAGCACAUAUACAGCUUUGGACACCCGGACGCAUCUAAGCUGGUCGAGAAAUGCGCGGAAGCGUUCGCAAACAUCUUGAGGGAGAACGAUCAUCCUGAUCUCACCCCUACCGUUAAGAGGCUUCAGAAGGAGUUUUUGGCGUGGGGUCAUGAAAUUCGUGUUUUCGACGAAGAGGGUCACGUGUCGGAGGGGAAAGAAAUAUUCGACAACGUUUUGAGGUUUAACUCUAUCCUUUCGAAAAACUUGCAGAUGGACUUGGAUUCUCUCUACGCUCAUCUCGUUGAAGUACAACGCAUGACCGAACGAAAUCCCGAAUUUCAGUUUAGAAACGAGACAUGGGGCAAAGCUACUUCGAAGGAUCCCAUUCUGCUACUCGGUCAGGAUCGCACCAGAGACACUACCCCAGGCAUUGGUCCACGGUCGCGACUCGGCAUGACGUUGUUCACAGUGAUUCCACUGCGUUUCCUACAAAUCCAGCUCAGGUAUGCCGACUUCACGUCAGAAUGGGAAAAGGGUGUCGUUCGCCGUCUUAGCGAGGCGCACCUGCGGAGCGUUUUGUUCGAGCAGCAUGUCUGA